CGUGAAGGUUCAAUGAAUGUUAUUCACUUCCAUAGCACGAAAACAAUCGUUUUGAAAUUGUUUUGUAUGCGUUAGACAAUGACGCGUUGAAAAUGUACACCUAUGGUUAACGCGGCAGGAAAUAAAGGGCAUACAUGUGUUUUUAUCAAUUUGUAGUUAUAGCCUAGUUAAGGUGUUAAGCAGAGCUAAAGUCCUAUUUGCUUAAAUAUCAUGAAGGGGGCAACAUCCGCAUUGGAUUACUGAAAAACAUUACAUAGGCUCCAUAAUGAUAUUGGACAAAUGUAUUCAAGGUGGCGAACAUUAAAAAUACCUUUGGCCUAGUGUGUAACAGCAAGGGCUGAAUCUUUCAGCGGACAUGUGAACGCUUGACGAUACCGCCCCCUCCGACAGCAUUUGGUAAUUUGUUGUUGCAGACCACGUUAAUCUCAACACGGUAAUUUUAACAUUUAUUCGACCGGAAACGACACAUAGUUUAACUCUUCAGCUCUUCGUGGGUUUGUUACAAUACAACGCUGUGAAUGCUUUCUUGUACAUAAGGAUGUGUGAGGAAACUGUUCAGGGACCUGGCUGAGAGACCCAACCUCAGUGUCAUUAACCGAAAGGGGGAGCGCGCUGAUACUUUGUCAGCCUGAAGGGAAGCCUAUUACUUUGUGAACUCCCCUGCGGUCUGCUAAAGGUUGUAAUAUACCAUGCUCCAGCCUCAGCUACUCUCAGGAAUGCAUCAUCAAAGGAUGUAGACAUCAGUCGUCUCUGGUGUUGAUUUUGAUUCUGGGUGAACGUUUUCUGCCUGUUUGAUGGGAUUCCUGUCAGAAUUAGGCUCAAGCCAAUGGCGUUUGGAACUGGAAAGGCUCUCAACGCGCUUUUUGGAACGGACAGCAGUAGCCACGCUUGUAUAUAGUACAUUCUUCAGUAGUUUACCAAUAGAAAUUUCACUGUACUGAUACAUACUCUGAUUUUCCUUUUUGCCACAAACGGGCGAAAAAAAAACAUUCUGCCGGGAAGAGCGUGAGUUUGGUCUGUCUACUUAUUUUACUUCAACGAACGACAAUAUCAGACUGGAUAUUGAUGGAGCUGGAGAAUAUUGUGGCUAACACGGUACUGCUAAAGGCAAGAGAGGGAGGCGGAGGGAAGAGGAAGGGCCGCAGUAAGAAAUGGAAGGAGAUCCUGCGCUUCCCCCACAUCAGCCAAUGCACUGAGCUGUGCAGCAGCAUAGAACGUGACUACUCCAGCUUCUGUGAAAAGCAGCCCAUAGGCCGCCUGCUGUUCCGCCUGUACUGUGACACCAGACCUGAGCUGCAGCAAUGCAUUCUGCUGCUGGAUGCGAUGGAAGAUUACGAAGUCACGCCAGACGAGAAGAGGAAGAGCCGAGGGGACGAGAUAAUCCGGAAGUUUCUCACCAAGCAGUCCCCUCAGUGCAUACCUGUGGUGGAGAGUUUUGCUCAGGAGUGCCAAGACAACCUGGACCUAUUGCCUUGCAGAGAGAUCUUCAGUGACUGUAGCAAGAUUCUUCAUGACUACCUGAGUGGCGCUCCUUUCUCCGACUACCAGAACAGCAUGUACUUCGACCGCUUCCUGCAGUGGAAAAUGCUGGAGAGGCAGUCAAUCACUAAAGACACGUUUCGACAAUACCGUGUGCUGGGAAAAGGAGGCUUUGGUGAGGUGUGUGCAUGUCAGGUGCGGGCCACGGGGAAGAUGUACGCCUGCAAGAAGCUGGAGAAGAAGCGGAUUAAGAAGAGGAAGGGCGAGUCCAUGGCCCUCAAUGAGAAACAGAUCCUGGAGAAAGUCAACAGCAGAUUUGUGGUGAGCUUAGCGUACGCAUACGAGACCAAAGAUGCGCUGUGCCUAGUGCUGACGAUCAUGAAUGGCGGCGACCUGAAGUUCCACAUAUACAACAUGGGCACGCCGGGCUUCGAGAAGGAACGCGUGCAGUUCUACGCUGCUGAGAUCUGCUUGGGCUUAUCACACCUGCACAGAGAGAACAUCGUCUACAGGGAUUUAAAACCAGAGAAUAUUCUUUUAGAUGAUAAUGGCCACCUCAGGAUAUCUGACCUGGGAUUGGCUCUCAAGUUGGUGGAUGGUGAGCCAAUCAGAGGCCGUGUAGGCACUGUGGGGUACAUGGCCCCAGAAGUGAUUAACAACGAGAAGUACUCCAUGAGCCCAGACUGGUGGGGCCUCGGCUGUCUUGUCUACGAGAUGACCGCCGGACGUUCGCCCUUCCGCGCACGCAAAGAGCGCGUGAAGCGGGAGGAGGUGGAGAAGAGGGUGCUGGAGGAGGAGGAGGAGUACAGCGACAAGUUCACAGAGGACACCAAAGCCAUCUGCAGGCUGCUGUUGACCAAAGACCCCAAGCAGAGGUUGGGGUGUCAGUCUGAUGGGUCAGCGUCAGUCAAAGCUCAUCACUUCUUCAAGAGCAUCAACUUUAAGAGGCUGGAGGCCGGGAUCUUAGACCCUUCCUUUGUGCCUGAUCCCAGGGCAGUGUACUGUAAAGAUGUCCUGGACAUUGAGCAGUUCUCCACGGUUAAAGGCGUGAACCUUGACCAAACAGACAAUGAUUUCUACUCCAAGUUUGCUACUGGCAGCGUAUCCAUCCCCUGGCAGACUGAGAUGAUCGAAACAGAGGUCUUCAGUGAUCUGAAUGUGUUUGGGCCAGACGGCUCCCGCCCUCCUGACCUGGACUGGCACCAACCCCUAGAACCUCCCCGCCGCAGGCUUCUGGACCGGCUCUUCAGGAGACAUGUGAGCACCCAGAGGGGUCCAUCGCCAACUGCCGAGUCUCGUCUUCCAGUGUGAACUCUGUGGACUCCAUGUCAAACUCUGCCCCCUAGUGGAUGGAGGCCAGCGGAGUGAGACGGAGAGAGAGUGACAGAGAUAGACAGAGAGAGAGAGAGGCGAAGGACAGAAAGACUGAAUUUCAGCAGGCUGUUCUCUUCUGUCACUGAGCCAGGGGUCCGUCAGAAUCCUCCAACCAACCAACUACCAUACCAACGGGCCUGGCAUUGGCCUGGUGCACAGACAGACACACAUGCGCACACACUCAAACCUUGGUGGAACUGUAGUAAAUAUGAAAAGAAACAAAAUAAAACAAACAAACUUUUAGGAGGAAACAUUUCAGUACCAAACACCCUCAUUCUGCCCUAAACACACAAACACACACACACACACACGCACGCACACGCACACAGACAGAGACACAAGUCCUCAGGAUGCUGGUGGUGUGUAACAUGCCACUGACCGCAAAAGGAAAAGAUAAACGAAACAAACAAAUCAAAGAAGAGACAGAAAGUGGACCCUGGAGGUUGUGUGUGAGCACCACCCUAUAGAACAAGAGGACCGUGUCAUUAUAAUUUGUUUUAGUCCUUUUGAAUGCUUUUUUUAUAUGUAAAAAAAAAAAAACUCAACUCUGAUGUAAAGCCUAUGUACAGACAGACAGACAAACUUCCUCUGUCCUCUCUUCCCGUCAUUCCCCUCCUUCUCAUGUGGGCUUUUGAGAUGAAACAGACAACCCCACCAACCUCAGCCCUAAAUAUGCACUGCCUCGCAUAUUCUCAGGCCAAAGAUAGCGUUCCAACAGCAUAUUAGGAGAGUUAUACUGUUGUUUGCGUUGGAGGAUCACCAUAUUCGUGGAAGAGAAGGAGAUUUCACUUCAGAGAACCAGAAUGAGAGGCAGUCAGUAAAGGUUUAUCUAUUGCUGUUAACCUGUCAUAGAUUGGCUAACUGAAAUCGGCAGCUCUAGUUCCUCCAAUCAACAAACAGUUAGUUAGGGCCUCACCCAGAUGUCCCUUGGGAGAUGGUGCGCCUGAAGCUAGCCUUUACGUUGCCCCUGCAUUGAAGACACUUCAGUGGUGCAUUAUUUGGUGCACACUUAAAGAUAAUGCACACUUAAAGAUGGUGUGCAUCUAAAGAUAGUGUACAUUUAUACCCUACUGGCAUUCCACUGUGCAGUCUUUGAUUUUGAACAUUGCCACUAUUCUAAUGUAGAGCGCAUUAGAGAUGACUGUCCCCUACAUAGUGCCUAAUUGAAUAACAUUGAUCCCACAUAGUGCAUCUGUGAAUCACCUGAGACUCGGCCACCCUGCGUUGGGUUUGCAAUGAACAGAGGAUGAGGGCACACAUGUAUUUACUGAAGGCCAAUAGAGAUGCAGCAGAACACCAGCAAUCCAUCCGUUAUGUCAGUAAAUACUGUACAAUGUCAAACAUACACCUGUACCCAGACUUAACGUAACACAGACUAAGUCCAGUAUAAGAGAGAGGCCCUGAAAACUUAAUACACAUGAGUAGAAAACAACAACAAAAAACAAAGAGCUGAAGCACAAGAGAGUGAGUCAGGAGAGGCGAGGAGAGAUGUAGAGAGGAAAAAAUGAGGGAGAGAGAGAGAUGGGGGGGGGGAAACUGACAGGGAACUUGCAGCGUUGCACCCACAUUUGAAAUAAACUUGACUGGGAGCUUUACUCCAACAGUGCCAGAGGAAUUCACCCACUUUCUCCUUGUUGUAUUAAAGAAAAGAAAAAAGAAACUAGAACUAGAACACAUGGCUUCUGUUUUUUUUUUUUUUUGUGGCUCCUAAGGUUGUUUUUUAGAGCUUUAUAGAGUUCUACACUAUCUACCCAAAAGAGCUCUUAGCUCCAGAAGACCAAUAGGGCUUUGCAGGGGUGAUGAGGAAAAAAGACUGGGAGUUUGAGUGCCACACCAACAAACUCAUGCCUUCCUGUGUUGUUGAAACUUGCCAUUUAGGAACCAACCCGUUACGUUCAUACAGACAGUAGAUCUGCACCAGCUUCUUUUAUCCUGGAGCAUUUCUCAACGUUCUCCUUAAUGUCCACAGCAUUUCAUCUACAAAUGUUAUUGUCUUCAUACAAGUUAGACAUUUUAGGACAUUCAGUGCUCUGACAAUACAUUUUUAAGUAAUGAAGCUGGUUACUCUCAUGUGCAACUGUUGUUAGAAACAGUUACACACAUCCGCUGACACCCAGUUACUAUUAUGGGGUGAGGACUUUUUAUAUCUGAACACUGUGUAGACAUUGGAAAGUACACAUUGUAUUUUGUAUAUUUAAAUAUCUACAGUCUCACAUUUUAAACAUACACCUUCUGUAACAUCCAGUUUAUUUAUUAUCAUAAUCUGUACCGUAUUAUUUGAUUACUAUGCUGGUAUGACAGCAUCGUGACUUGAAGGGUUUCUCUUGUCUUUUAAGGUUGGUCUGCCAACGCAGCAGGGCUAGUUCUCAGUUAAAACUACAAACAGUUCUGGACCAAUUAAUUAUUAGAAUGAUAGUAGUAAAAUGUCAAUGUUGUUGCUUGACAUGUGCUCCAUACUCUUUCUUCCUUGGUAAAAAAAGUGGGUAGAUGACGGAGUGUUCUUGCUUUCACCGUCUGUUCAGAAAUCCUAAUGUGCCACAUGUCACUUGUGGUCUGUCACCUUUUCCAUUACUUCUCCGUCACCAAAGCCUUCAACAAGAAAUUAACUAAACCAUCAUUACAUGUGGGAUAUGAGACAAACAGUGCAACAUUGAAUUUGUGAAAUAUGUUUUUAAACCCACAGUUAGUGGUAGUGGUAUGUGGUAGUUUCUUUUUUUUAUUUGCUCCUUUCAGACAUUUUAAUCAGGGUGGCACAGUUGAUGAUAAACACAUAAUGUGACUAGGGAUUAUUUAUAGCAAAGGGAUUAUUAUUAUCAUUACCCAAAUAGUGAAAAGAAUAGCUUUUUAUGUAAACAUCUCCAACAAUUAAAUCAAUUGAAAAUCAGUAAAGUGCCUCCUUCCAAAAAACAGUGCAGGUUAUGCCCAGAUUAAGAUUUGCACCUUCUGUGUUAAGUGUUGCCAUUGUCUUUGCAACACAAACUUACACAUACAUACAUAGGACACAGAGGGACUGGUUGUAAGAUACUGAUUGCAUGUGAAAACUCUGAUGAGUCCUAUAGUCUGAAUAAACAGGGCUGGCCUGAG